AGAACUUUCGGGGGCAGCAGCUCGCAGACAGGCCUCAUUAGAAAUUAUGUUUUUGUAACUUAUCGGGAUAAGUUCAACAUAGCAGUUAAUUACAUUAAUCACAGUCACUGUCGCAGGUAUGCUGGUAACUCAUAGUCAUAGCUGACAGUGAAAGAGACGACAUUGCACUAAUGGCGAGCACAGAUACACCGCCGGACGACCAAGCCAAGACGACAACUGUUCAACAACCAGAAACGUCGGUUGCUGUCUCCAGUGACACCAGCAGUGCUGUGCCAAGGGAAAACAUGAUUUCAACUGCUGUGCGGUUUCUGCAGAACCCUCAAGUCCGCUCGAGUCCCCUUGCACAGAAAAAGGCCUUCUUGGAGAAGAAAGGGCUGACUGCUGAGGAGAUAGAGAUGGCCAUUGAUCGCUCGGGGACCAGGCAAGAUGUGGUAACCGCUGUGGCUCCUGCGCCGGCACCCUCAAACCAGGCCGCGGUCCCCCCACAGGCAGCUCAAAUGCAGCAGCAGCAGAUGGUUCCCUAUGGGCAGCCAGCACCUCCCAGACUGACGAGUUGGAGGGACUACACGGCCCUUGCCAUCAUCAUAGGGGGAGUCAGCUACGGUGUCUACUGGCUCAUUCAGAAGUUCCUGAUGCCUUUCCUGCGGUCUCGCAAGGAGGACCAGGAGCGACUGCAGAAGUUGGAGGCCUCCGUCCAGGAACUCAAUAAAAGCGUCCUGCUGACAGUGGAGAAACUGGACACAGCUGUGACGUCCAUCCAGGGCCUACUGGAACAGCAGCAGACUAAACUGGACAGCCUAACCACCAGCGUAAUGACCAGCAGAGCCAUUACUGGCAGCUCGAACGACAACAGCAACGAGAUCGCCGACGUGAAGGCCGAAAUAACAUCCUUGAAGGGACUACUACUCAACAGGCAUCAGUUCCCAGCUACCCCUCAACCGGCUCCCAUCCCAGCCUGGCAGCGGGUCAGCCCCAACUCGGACUCCACCCUGACGAAACCCCAGGAGACCCAGCCCCCUGCGCAGACCGCUGACCAAGAGACGGCAGGGACGAAAACAGCCGUCACCGCCGACAGCCAGAAUGCCGCGGAAGUGGGGGUGACCAACGGCGACCUUGGUGACUUCAGUCACAGCGAGGUCUUGACUAAUGGCGAUAAAAGCCUCAAUUUGAAUAUUCAUGAAAGUGGGAUAGCCAGGAAGGAUGACUCCUUGGGUCCAAUAGUCAAUCACAUGACUUCAUCUCAGGCAACUUAAAUACCUCUGUUGACCUUUUAUCCAACCACCUGCAACUUGAUAGAGACUCAAGAAAUGAAAAGUACAAUAGAAGGAUCCCAAUCCGACGCUUUUAAUGUCGACCUGUGCACUUCCGCGUUUAAAAACGAGGCUGUAUGUGUCAGCUUCAAUUCUUAAUACGAUCAGACGAUUGAAAGUAGGGAGUCAAGACACAAAAUA